AUGAGUGCCAAACACGGCGUUUUCGACGACUGUACCCUCGCGUUUGUUCCCAGCAACGAACUUGCGCCAAAGCAGAUCAGCGAGUUAUCGCGCAUCGUCCAAGACAAUGGCGGAACCAUCUGCGAACCCCGCCGAAACGGCUCAAUAGCCAUAGAUCGGGUCACGCACAUCAUCUCCAACACGAUUGAUUUCGAGCAGUACGUCGAGUCGCAAGCCGUCAUGAUACCUGUGGUGUCCGACAAGUGGAUCUCGACUUCGGUCUUGAGGAGCAAGGUUGCGCAAGUUAGACCGUUCUCCCCGGACCCCAGAAUGAUCUUCCGGGAAGUCGUCGUCACCUGUGCUGAUUUACCGCCAAUGGACAAAGAGAGCAUUCUGGGCGCCACCAUGGCGCUGGGCGGCCAGGAAUCCAAGGAGGCAUGGAGACUGACGACUCAUAUUUGCGCCUUGAGCAUGGACGCGCCCAAGGUGAAGGCUGCUCUGGACAAGCGGUUCAAGGGAAAAGUUGUCCUACCUCAUUGGUUCGACGCAUGCUUCAAACUAGGCAAGAGGAUCGACGAGGGACCGUAUCUGCUGCCAGAUCCCGAAAUCGUCAAGAAAAGCAGCGAGGACGACCUUGAGAUUCCCGUCAACAAAAAUCUCAUCAAUGCUACCUCGGUCAGCCCUGCAAUCCUACCCGUACCGCCCGGCGCGAAAAGCGCGCGGUCCCCUGCGACAGUUUUCAAGGAUAGGGACGUCAUGUUUUCGGCCGACCUGAGCAUUACUCCGGGGCUUUUGCAGGCCGUCAAGGAUAUUGUCACUCACGGAGGAGGGAAAAUCGUGGCAUCUGUCGACGAAUGCGACAUGUUCAUUUGCCAGUACCGGGAUGGUCCCGAGUAUAUUCAUGCAGCGCAGUCUUGCAAAGAGGUGGGAAGUUUAUCGUGGCUGUACGCGCUCAUCGUCAACAACCAAUGGCAGAAUCCCCUGCACCGUCUUUUGCACUAUCCCAUACCUCGAGGCGGCAUCCCCGGGUUCAAAGAUCUCAAAAUCACGGUGUCAAACUACGGCGGUGAGGCACGAAUCUAUCUCGAAAACCUCAUCAAAGCCUGCGGUGCAGAGUUCACCAAGACCAUGAAGGCCGACAAUACCCAUCUGAUCACGGCCCGCGAUUCCAGCGAAAAAUGCAAGGCAGCCCCCGAGUGGGGUGUGGCCGUUGUCAACCACCUCUGGAUCGAGGAGAGCUACGCAAAAUGCGGCAUCAAGCCAAUCAACCUGUCCAAAUACAAUCACUUCCCUCCCCGGACCAACUUGGGUGAGAUUAUCGGCCAAACCUUUAUCGACGAGUCCAAGGUUCGAGAUGUGUAUUACCCCGGCGGGGAGGAGACCAUGUCUCCCAGAGCCAAGAGAAAGAGAAGAAUCCUGGAAGCGGCCGAGGACAAUGCCUACCACAAUGGCCCCGCCGACGGGGUGGUAAUUGGCCGCGACGGGGACGCUGACGAAGCUGGAGACGACGGCAAAAGCGAGGAGGCUCAGGCACCUGGAAAAACCAAGACGUCGGCGGCCGUUCAGACACCGGUGCGACGACGACGCGCUCAUCCCGGCAAGGAAAACGACACGCCAUCUGCGGCGUCUACCGGCGGGCGAAGCGCAAAGGCAAAAGCUCGAGACAUACUGCAGUGCAUCGCCCCGGAUAUUGCCCUGUACGAAAAGGAGAAGAGGAGGCAAAGCAGGACCGGAGCACCGUGGGGUGGCAAGCGAGCGGCUGACCUGGCGGACAAGGCGAGGACCAGCGGCGCUGCCACGAGUCCGAAGCAGAAGCAAGAAGAGGAUGACGGUGAAGGUGCCGACGCGGAUGCGAAACGACCGACCAAGAAGCAGCGAUGCUUGUUGCCAAACGUGGAGAUGAGGAUUGUCGUCACGGGAUUCAAGAGAUGGGUCGGUGACAAGAACAGGGAAGAUCAAGACAGGAGAAAACUACGAGACGUCGGAAUCCAAAUCGUUCAAGAGAACCAGCCGUGUGACUACCUGGUGGCGCCGCAAGUCGUCCGAACAGUCAAGUUCCUCUCGGCACUAGCUCGUGGGGCAGUUGUCCUCUCGUCGGAAUUCAUCGAAAAGGUUCUUGAGCUUGGCCAGGUCCCCGAACCAGAGGACUUUAUCCUGAAGGACGAGGAUUCGGAGAGGCGCUACGGCUUCAAGCUCGAGCAGUCAAUGGCUCGAGCCAGGGCCAAUCGAGGCAAGCUCCUGCGAGGCAUCCCCGUAUACUGCACGGAGAAGAUCCACAACGGACCCGAGAGCUACCGCUCGAUUGCCGAGGCCAACGGAGCCAUAUUCAAGCUGUACCGCGCGCGCAGCGGCACGACGAUCAAGCCCACGACGGCCGAGGAGGAUGGUUUCGCCAAGCCCGAGCCUGUCUACCUGCUCACCGGCAGCAGCGCGGACGAGCAGCAGAUGUGGGAGCGGUUCAGGGACAUGGCUGAGAAGGGGAACAUGGAGCCGCGUAUCGUGGCGGCAGACUGGCUGCUAGACGUAGCCAUGGCGCAGCAAGUGCGGUUCAAAGACAAGUUUCUGAUUGAAAACUUUGUCAGAGACGGCAAGAAGUAG